CGUCGUGCCCGGUUCCCGUAUAACACGACAGGCGUUCUAGCUAGCGUUCACUCUUGCCAGCAUUUUCUCGGAAAUUUAACGUUGAGUAGUUCGAGUCGUCACGUAUAGAAACGGUUUGUUACUAUGCUACCGUACUGUAAAUCUCGUGGUGGUAGGAGUAGAGGCAAACUGAAAGUAUUACGAGACUCUAGACCAAUGCAGAGCGUGGCUGCGAUCCGAACAAGUGCCGGGAACGCUCGAGCAGCUGCAGGACACACGGAUCAGUUGCAUUUUGAUGCGCUGAGUUGGAGUCAACAUAGCGCCAGACAAAUGGGUGUCAGGAACUGCGAUGAGUGCCAGCGACUUCGGGGUGAACUUUGCGACUCGCAACAGAAAGUAAAGAUGUUACAAAGUGAGUGCGAUCGACUUCGACAAGAAAAUCAGGUUCUAAGAGGUGAAACAGAUCGACGUCUAGAAGGAGAGCAACAAACCCUUGUUGCUAGCUCGAGUUCUGGUAGUCAACCAAAAUCUCUGAUGUCAAGACGACUUUGUAGGACUGGGCAGAGCGUUACGUACAAAGUUGGUAUAUCGUAUGAAACAUCGAAGCAGCGGGAGAAGUAUGCACGUGUUGGAGACGCGGUUGUACGUAAACUAAAGCUGAGCACCUCGUCUGUCGUACAACAAGCCAGUCCUGAAGAAAGGUACGACAUUGUGUUGCAUUUUGCUCGAACGGAGGGAGGAAGAACAGUCAAUCUUGAUCCUAGCACGAGAACAACUUUCGCUUGUAAAAACGUCAUUUUAAUUCUUUUGCGGUCUGGUAGAAACGAGGCCGUCUUCAGUAAGUUUGUGCCAGUAGGCGGUCUGGAAUACUCUGGCAUCAACUUGGGUUCACCAAACGAGAAGAAGUGUAUAGUGCAAUUUCUACACUGGCAAGGGGACUGGGUUGUAUCUACAUUGAACAACGAGAACCUACAGUUGUUGAAGAGCUUGAUGGCAGAAGUUUGUCCAGAAAUUUCUUGUUGA